AUGUCCAUCAAACCUCUGCCGCCCGAGGUGGUUGCUCAAGUGAAAUCAUCUUCGGUCAUAACGUCCUUGAACGGCGUGGCACUGGGACUCCUCCGCAAUUCUCUUGAUGCCAAUGCAACCAAGGUCAACCUAUCAGUUGACUAUCGGCUGGGGAAUUGUAUAGUCGAGGACAAUGGCUUCGGAAUCCCCGAAACCGAGUUCCGGGAUACUGGAGGACUGGGGAAGCUUCACUUGACUUCCCACCAUCAGAGACAGAACUCCCACGCCACCCUCGUUAUUCACAAUUCGGAGUUUAUUUCACGCCACAUACCUGCUCUUCCAGAGCAGAGGAUCCUGGUCUUCCCCCAUGGCACCAGAGUCACUGUUCGGGACCUGUUUGGGUCGAUGCCUGUCCGGGUAAAGCAGCGAGCGCUCGAGGCGGCCCGGACAGGCUCCGGCCGCGACUGGGGUCAGCUGGUCCGGAUGGUAGUUUCGCUGCUUCUUGGCUUCUCAGGCAUCACUGUUGUCACGCUACGCGACCUGCGAUCGACUCGAGUCUUAACUUUGAAAUCCGAUAGUAGCAGCUUGGUAUCCAGAACAUCUCGCAUACUCUCCAGGGCUUCACUAUGGGACAACCCUGACGCUGCUGGAUGGGUGCCGCUCAGUGCCUCUUCCUCGGGCAUUACUAUAAAUGGAUGUAUUUCGCUUGCUCCUGCGCCUUCCAAAAAGAUGCAAUUCGUUACACUUGACAUGGAGCCCAUCUCUGAUGAGCUCAAGUCGAAUGUGCUCUUUGACGAGAUCAACAAAGUCUUUGCCAACUCUCGGUUUGGAUUUAUUGAAGAUUUGGACCUUCACAAACCAACAUCGGCUGAAAAAAUUGAGGCUGUGGUUCCGAACGAGAGCAACAGAGCCAGAAAAGGAAUCGACCGAUGGCCGGUUUUCUAUCUCAGGAUAUCACUGCAGGGAUGUAUUCCGAAUCCUACAACAGCCUCCAAAGAUGCAGUCCUGGACAGUGGUCAUGACGCCUUACCUAAAAUUCUGGAUCUCCUUAAAGCAAUGUUCUAUGCCUUUCUCAAAAAACACAACUUUUGUCCACAUAAGGUCAACCUUUCUGGUAGAACAUCUCGCACGUCUCCAGUCAAACGCCAGCGACUGACAGAGCGCUCGCAGAGCCAAACGACUCCAUCUUCAUCGAACAAUCGCCCUGGGAGUGCACAUGUAGGAGUGUCCGAGAAGACGAAAACCCCUGGCAUCUCACUUUCGAGAAGUCUGAUCUCCGAUUUGCACUCGCAAACCCCUGGUUCUACCGACAGUUUGGCUUAUUCACCAACGAGCGCAAUGCCAAAACAUGUCGUAACUACUCGCCCACCAAAAGUUGCUGAUACACGGAGUCCGACAAUUCAAGGGCCUGUUACUGGAACUGAGGACAUCGCGAUGCACCACAGGGAGUUUGAUAAUGGGUCACCCAGCCACAUGGCGCUCAAUAAGCACCGUGCCAGCCCAGAAAUUACUCCGAGCGAGGCGCAAUGGCAGAUGUUAAAAAGUGACGGUCCAGUACCCAAAGAUUACUUUCGCAGGGAGAACCCAGCAACUAAAGUCACGUCUCUCGUAGACGCAAGAACUGGGUUUAUUAGGCAAUCGGCAAAUGAGCGGCCACGCAUAAACUGCCCUGGGAAUACGCCUGCGAUGAAGACUAAGGAAACAAAGCCGAAGGAAGCAAGCCCUUGGCUCAAAAAUCUUCUCACAAUGUGGGAAAACCCCGUUUUUGAGACAACCAACGCUGCGAUACCUCGCCUGGCUGACACUAACGCUGGGUAUGGAGAUGUAACGUUCAAGCAAAGUGGAUGCUCGUUAAGCCUCGGACGCCAAGGAGACAGAGAGUCUUUAGUACUGGAAGGGCGCUUUUCCAAGUCAAGCCUGCAGCAUUGUGAAGUGGUGUCGCAGGUUGACCAAAAGUUUAUUCUCGCCAAGCUGCCGAUCUUUCGGCAUGCUGCCUGCCCAGAUGGACAAACUGCCUUUACGCAUAAAGAAAAAGUAAAAGGAGCUCUACCGGGCUUGGCGUUGGUUAUUAUAGAUCAGCAUGCUGCAGACGAGAGAUGCCGUGUGGAGGCUUUGAUGGCCAGUUACUUCGAACUGGUUGACGAUUCCAGUGGCAAUGCAACGCCGAGUCCCGUAACGGAAAUGCUCUCGACCCCAGUCGUUGUUGAUUUGACCUGUCAGGAGUGUGAUUUAUUAGAGCGAUUUAUUCCCCAUUUUCGACGAUGGGGUAUCUGGUACGAAAUGAUACCCGUCACUCAGCCAGCUAUGGCGAUAACAGAGGCAGGCAGAAAGGGUGCCGAUGACGGGCCAAAUCGUCCGAAGCGAGUCUGCAUUAAAAGACUACCUCCAUCUAUCCUGGAGAGAUGUUGCUCAGAACCCAAUUUGCUGGUUGAGCUUUUGAGAAAGGAGGUUUGGAGAUUAGAGGAAGAUGAGACGAUAUCUCGAGCAGCCUUGUCCACAGCGGGGAAAGCUAGCCUGCUUGAUGGUUCCGACGAGGCAGAAAACAGAUGGGUUGCCUGGUUUCAUGGGUGCCCGCCCGGAAUCCUGGAACUUAUCAAUUCGAGAGCAUGCAGGAGUGCCAUAAUGUUUGGUGAUCCCCUUUUGACUGAGGACUGCCGUCACCUACUUGAUCGCCUUGCAAAGUGUGUAUUUCCUUUCCAAUGUGCCCAUGGACGUCCAUCAAUGGUUCCUCUACUGGAGCUUGGUAAUGAUCUGCCUGGUUGCGACAACUCUGAUAUCUGGUAA